GAAGGAGGAGAUGUUGAACAUUUGUGAUAGUCGGAUAGUUUUAUUAUUUUGUUUGGUUUCUUUCUUCUGGGUUGCUCUCUCGUAUAGCUGGAUUUCGAAUAACAUAGGAGAACCUAAGAAUAUUGUAGCUGUGGAUAACCACAGUCUGCUAGUUGUCUCGACGGAUGGCGUUAUUUCCCAGAUUUCAAAAUCUUCCGGUGACAUACUUUGGAGGUUUUUUCAUACGGAAUCAAAGGAAGUGUUUGUAGAGCAGCUUAUACCUCUUGAUCCAGUUGUACUCGUUUUUGUCCGCAUAGAUACUUUAUCUUAUGCAGAAAUACUCAACUUGAAAACAGGAACUCUCCAAUGGAGUUAUCUCACUUGUGUACCUGGUCUUUUCAACAAUCAAUUCAGCGAAGAAACUCAUAGGGGAGAUUUUCAAUACCAGAGAUGGCAAUUAGUACAAGAUAAUUUGGCAAUUCUUGGCUGCUAUAAUAGAAUCUAUCUUUACAACCUUUAUUCAGAGGGAUAUUCUAUUUUGUCUUAUGAUGAGCCUCAGUUGGAAGCUUUUCAACUGAGACUUCGAUAUUCUCCUGAAUCAGAAAGACCUGAUUUAUGUCUUAUCUUUUAUGACAAACAUGAUUCGUUGUUGAGUUUUGGCUGUAUUCCGUUCGAUGAUUUACAUGAUAGACACGGACUCUCUAUAAUGAAAACUGCUUGUGAAAGUGAAUUACAUUUGUUACCUUCUGGUCAGUGUAUUUGCAAGAAGCUAGACAGUCUCAUUGUAACAACGGAACAAGAUACACUAAGCAUAGAAAGGACAGUUUCUUUGAACCAAGAUUUUGAAAUUCUUACGACGUCUUUUCCUUCUCUCUUUACAAUUAUAAGACUAAAGGAGAAUAAUUCAAUUGCUUCGUUGAAAGUAACUCCCGAAGAAAUCCAAGUAGAAGAAUUGUUUCGUUCUCAACUUUUGAAAUGUCACAAUUGGCCUCGAAGCAAAGGAUGUUUCAUGACGGAAGAUUUAUCAAACCAUCGAACGAGGAUCCAAUAUUUCGCUGUCUUGGAGGAGUUUGAGUCCUUGAAAUUAACAAACUAUUCUUGGAUUGUCGAUAGCAGUUACUUUGGUGACAAUAUCCAUACAUUUAUUAUUCCUUGGAACGAGUUGUUGUGUUAUUACUCUACAGUAGAAGAGUUAAUAUGUCUUGAAUUGACAAACGUUGAAAACCAAACCAAAACAAAGUUGCUUUGGAAAAUUGAUUUUUCUAUGACUCAUAUAGUUACUCAUCAAUGGUUAACUCCAUCCUCCAAUCAUUGUACAACUGCGCUAGAAAGGAGUCUCAUUUCUUUUUAUGAGAGAAACAUCCAGUUGUUCCCGAGAACUUUUCAAUAUCCAAAUAUCAACGCGUUGUCAUCAUCCAUAUGCUAUUCACAAGGAAUACUUGUAACGGUUUCUCGCUGUGGAGCUGUUCAAGCGCAUUUACUCGAUUCCAUCGGAAAACCAACUUUACUAUGGAAGUCUUAUCUUUUUGAUGAACAACCUCGUUGUUUAGAUCGAAACGACUCUAUUGUAAUAUUCUCUUUGGAUAAUGAAUUGAUUCUUGGAAUUUGGCAUCAUCGAGUGGUUUAUUCUACGAACAUUUCAUCCAAUCUAUAUCAUGAUUGUAUAUUUUAUCUACAAGUGGAUAAUGGAAAGUUGUUGAAGCGUCAUUGUUAUUAUUCGGAUAUCCCUUUCAAGGUUCUUUCAUGGGAUGUUCGUCAUCUUUUGAUGAUUUAUAAGAAUGGAACCAUCCAGUGGGAUUCUUACUUACAAACACCCCUUACCUUGAAAGAUAACUUUCAAUUAGUUGAAAUAGAUGCCAAUCAAUUGACUGGAUACGAGAUGGACAUGCAACUCCAUUGCACCAAGUAUUUGUAUAGUCUGAUAUUGAGUAGAGAUGAAUCUAUUUGUUUCAUACGAACGGUCCAUUCAAGAGAUAUAGAGUUGAAAGAGCGUAAUGUUCAUUUUCUAAAUGGAAGUGUUGCCACGAAAUAUCUCAACCCUCACUUAAUACUCAUCGUGACUAAAAGAACUUUAUCCAAAACUGGAAUUUCUGUCUAUGUAUUGGAUGGAGCAACUGGAAACAUUUUAUAUGAUUCACAUCAUGCCAAUGCUUCUUUGCCAGUUUCUGGAGUAUGGAUAGAGAAUUGGUUUUUGUAUAGCUUAAGAAACUUGGCAACUUCACGUCAAGAGAUAUAUGUUGGGGAAAUGUUACAUUCUGUGAGUUCAUCAUCUUAUGAUGAUGGAUUGAAAUAUGAAUUCCUUGAAACUUUCAAGGAAGCAACCAGUCAAUGUGAUUCUAUUCCACAAGAACAAUUUCCAGUAGUAUAUCUACAAGGAUAUGAAGUGGAUAUAUGGAUACGUGAUAUGGUUGUUACUCAAACCCGGAAUGGAAUAACUCCUCAGUUUUUACUUUUACACUCUCUCGAUGGUUACCUGUUUGUAAUACCUAAACUUUGGUUUCAUCCAAGAAGGCCUUUGGUACAAGAUAGCAACGAAUCUUCAUCAAAGGAUGUUCUUCAAAAUAUGCCCUAUUACCCAAAUAUUCCGUUGAAACCUCUACACAAACAAAGCGAACCUUUGUUUUUAUCUUUAGGAGUGGAACAAGUAGUAUCUUAUCCCGACAGAUUCCGAGAAAGUUGUACCCUUAUUAUGGGAGUAGGUUUUCCUAUGUUUCCUACUUCACUUGCUAAAUCUCUUGUAAAGUUUGGUUUCGAGUGGGUUGUAGAACGAAUAGCUCCCAUAGGCCAAUUUGACUCCCUUCCUGACCAUUUUCCAAGAGGUCAGUUGACUUUCCUAUUGUUAUUUUCUUUUAUCUGUUUGUACAUUGUUCAAAAGUGGUCCUCUUCUAUCCAUCUUAAGGCUCGUUGGAUAUCGUAUUUUCAAUAAAUGAGGAUCUCAAACCAUUUAUUUUGAGAAAAUCAUUUUGGGUAACUGUUGUUCAUUUUCGA